CCUCUAGUGGGCCAUAAUGUGCAGUUCACUAAAUAUGGAGCAUAACAAGGAGGACUACUGCAAGUAACGGGACUUGCUUUAAAUUCCCAGCUCCUCCAGCAGAUCCACUCAGAGUCUUGCAGAUGUUUACUCUGGACCACAUCUCACUACUUUCAGAAGCCUGAUCCUUGCUGGGUUUGGGUGACUGUAGCCGUGAAUGAGGGGGACAUUUCAGACAGGGCUGUGCUGUGAAUGGAAACGUUGAAGCUAACUGAAAACGUCUGACGUGGUCGCACACUUUUGUUUUUACUUCACUGAGGAACAACACAGGCAACAGUGAACUUCCUUCCUGCUGUUUCACCAAAUCGAUGCGCAACUUUCUGGCAACAUGUAGCUGCAGAGGUGAUAGAUGCACAUUUCCUGUUUCCACCGCAGAACCAUACCUGCCCAGCCUCAUGUGAUUUUUCUUUCUUUUUUUUUUUCUUUUCUUUUUUUAAAAAAAAAACUAACUCAUAAAGUGCCAUGUUCAUCCAGCUCUCAUGUCAAAUCUCAUGCAAGAAAUGGCAUCACCAAAGGCUUUGCGAGACUGGUGCCGCGUCACAUGCGCCAGUUACCCCAACGUGGAAAUCAAGGACAUGUCAGCCUCUUUUAGAAGUGGACUGGCAUUUUGUGCCAUCAUCCACAAACACCGACCUGACUUAAUAGAGUUCAACUCCCUCUCCAAAGAUAACAUCUAUGAAAAUAACAAAUUGGCAUUUGAGGUUGCAGAGACAAAGCUGGGUAUCCCUGCAUUGCUGAACGCAAAAGACAUGAUUUCUUCCAACCCGCCUGAUUGUCUGAGUGUCAUCACCUACCUUUUCCAGUUGUACUACUUUUUCAACAGGAAGUCUAAUGGUCUUGCCAGUUUAAAGUUAUCCGAUGCUGCCAACAGUCCCACAAAGAGUAUUGAAGAUCUGAACUUUCCAAAGAGCUCAACUAAUCUGGAAUCUAAUAAAGAUGCUGAUCUAUCAAACACAAGGCUUCUUGGGGUGUGUAAUAUGUGUUUCAAGCCUGUUCACCUCAUACAGAGACAUCUGAUUAAUGAAAAAGUCUACCACAGGAGGUGUUUCAGGUGCAAACUAUGCCACAGUUCUCUUUUACCAGGGUCAUACACACAAGGAGUUGAUGCUAAUUCCUUGGUCUGUACUCAUCACAUAAAAAGCAAGAAAAGUGCUUGUGUGGACCUGAGUAACAAACUUGGAUGUGGAUGUUUAUCUCUAGGUGGAAAGGCUAUAACCAGUGUUCCUCAUUACAUUAAGAAAACAGCAUCCCAGGACAGACUAGUUUUUACAACACAAGAAAAGAAGGAGAAAGAAAGGCAGGAGAGCAGCAGAAGAAAAGAAGAGUCACCUGUUGGACUGACUCCUCAUCCUCCUCUGCUGGUUGUUAAAGAAACAACUGAACAAAAACAUGGACCUGCAUCUUUUCAAGGAGACAACAAAGUAAUGCAGGAUGCGCCAAAAACUGAAGAUUCUGAAGAUGCUGGACGUCUGUCAGCUUGUGUGCAGGGAACAAAAGGAAGCAGUCGGCCAGUUCCAGCACCAAGGCGAAUGGCUGGCUCCUCUGGGGUCCCUGUUCCUGCACCAAGGACCAAAAAUUUCCAGACGAUGAGCAGCUCCUUGGCUAAAGGCAGUUCAGCCAAACAAAGUGUAUCGUCACCCAAUUUGUCGAACCUCACCAGUUUGACCAGUGAGAAUCCUAGAGUAAAAUCUAAUCAUCCAUGGUUGAACAUCAUCCAUCCUGGACCCUGGACACAACUGCCUCCUGCUCCAGCUCCAGUUCCGGCUCCUAGAUCCAAACCUGUGUCCAACCUGCAGGGGUCACGGUACAGACCCAAAGUCGUUCCUCCUCCUCCUAAUCCAUUUGAAAUGAAGGAGGAGGAGGAGGAUGGUCAGGAGGAGGGCACUCCACCUGAACCUGCUGUCCAGAGUCAUUCAGCUGCUGCUGAAAACAUCACCAAUGUUAAUGUAGAAUCUGAGGAUGGUGGAGUUUCAGACCCAGAUACUAACCCAGCCUCCGGUGACACAGCUAAACAUUUACAUGACAGUGGAGGGACAGAUGGACCACAUGUGACUGAAGCACAGAGUCACAUUUUACCCAGGAGUCAUUCUGUGGCAGCUAUUUCAUCCUGUUCUGUUACUUCUAUCAAUGUGGAGGGGAACGAGUCUACCACAACAUCUCAGAGUCAGUAUCAGGCUUGCAAAGAAAAUCCUUUUGAUCAGAAGCCUGCGAUCCCCAAGUCCCAGACAUUUCAGGAUCUCCCAACUAGACGACUGCCAGCUCCUGGACAUGGCUUUCCACUCAUCAAGAGAAGGGUGCAGACAGACUUGUGUGCUCCUACUGACAACCUGCAGGUGGAAAUGGAACAACUGUAUAAACAUUUGGAGGCUCUAGAACAAAGAGGAGUUGAUCUGGAGAGGAGUAUAAGAGGCUGCAAGAAUGAUAAAGAAGAAAAAAAAAUGCUGAUGGACUGGUUCUGUCUUGUCCAUGAGAUACACACCCUGAUGCGCAGAGAUACAGAGCUGGUUUAUUUGACAAAGCAGCAGCAGUUAGAGGAGAGACAAGCAGAUGUUGAAUAUGAGCUCAGAUGUCUCCUUAAUAAACCAGAGAGCGACUGGAAGCAAGAAGAUCGAAGUCAGGAGCAGCAGCUGAUGGAAGAACUGGUCUCCAUCAUUGAGCAGAGAAACCAGAUCAUCAGCAGCUUGGAUCAGGACAUGCAGAGGGAAAGAGAAGAAGACACGUGUUGGGAUGCCAUGAGAAAGAAAGAGUUACAACAAGAUGGACUAAAAGAGCUGAAGAAGUCAAAAGGAAAGUUCAAGCCUCCAAAAGUCUUUAAGAUGCUGAACCCUAAAGCAGACAACAGAAAAGACUCCAUUCACAAGCAAAAGCACAAGGAUGAAACCAUGUUAUAGUAAAGACAGUUUCCAUAAAGUCAUUUUCAGCUGCAGGCUUUUACAAGAGGACAUCCAUAAAAACAAUCAAUUUAUAGACUGUUUUUACUGCAUUGACGAGAUAAAAAGCAUUUUUAUCAAUAUUACAUAAAACAAAGGACAUUUUUUUCAAGUAUCUAUAUGUACACCACCAUAUGCAUUGUUUUAUUAUAAACCUGCAUUAAUUGAAAUAAGCAAUAAAUAUUUAAUAAGUCUCACA